AUGGGUAACCAAGUAGCAUCGAAAGUGUUUUACAAAAGUGAUGAUAAAAAAAAAAAUGUUGCAGAUGAGACAAAGCAUUACGAAGAUGAAAACAAAAAAAAGGAAAAUGGCCGGUUCCCUUCCGGCCGACUGUCAAAAGGGGACAAGUGGCAAAAGACAGAUGAGCAAACCAGGCAGAGUUUGUCACAAACAGCUGCGCCAAGUAGCUCGGGAGAACAUUUACAAAAUAACGAAAUAGAAAAAAUAAAGCAAGAGAAUUUUUACAUGUUUGAUGAAAGCUUGAAUUCAAAUGAAGUUAAACAUCCAUGCCACGCACAGUGGUUUUUGUUUUGGGUAUUCGCGUCUUACUUAAACGAAAAAUUCUCGGACACUGAGCGGGAAUAUGUUCAUUCGUUUUAUUCAAAUUUCCCUGAACAGUGUAUAAAAGGAAAGGGGAAAAACUGCUUCCUUGAAUUUUCCAAAAUAUAUCCCGUCAGUUACAAGAAGUUGUUAAAAAGGUGGAGAUACGAUGAUGAUUAUAUUUAG